AUGGUACUACCGAUUUUGUCUCAUGACCCACGCGUGACAGGCGCUUCAGACCCUGUUAUGUGGCAUACCGACUUACAUCUGGGAGAUAUAUUUGUAACACCAAAUGAGCCUAGUUUUAUUGAAGGGAUUAUCGAUUGGCAAUCGUCUCAGAUCUGUCCUUUAUUCAUACAAGCUCGAUUCCCCGAGUUUCUUACGCCACCCAAGGACUACACUUUUGGCCCCGACUUACCCAGCUUACCGGACGGUUUCGACGACCUUGGUUCCGAGAAAAAGGAACAGGCUAUCAACGAGAGGGAGUUGGCUUCGAGGUCAAAAUAUUACGAGAUGUCCAACCUUGCACAUAACCUGCGCGUUUACAAUGCUAUGAAACUUGACUCCAGGUUGUGGGAGCCCUUCACUUACUGUCAGCUAUUCUCCCAGGGUAGCUUGGUUCCCCUGCGCCAUUGCUUGAUUCGUUUAUCCCAGGACUGGUCUUUACUGGGGCUCCCAGGAAGCUGCCCAUUUCUGAUAUCAGAAAUUGAACUUCAAAAGCACAAUGAACAAAAAUCACAAUAUGAGGACAGGCUUUAUCUGAGUGAUCUCGUGAAGAACCAGCUUUUCACCGAUGAUGCUGGCUGGGUUCCAAAUGACCGAUGGGAAGCGACAGAAAGGGCAAACGGGGAACUAUACAAUAUGUAUAUCGAAACAAUGAGCGAAGAGCUCACGCCUCAAGCAGCCGCGAAGGACUGGCCAUUUCCACCAUUACAGGCCUGA